AUGAUAAUUAAGUGCAGGGAAAACAUUAUUUUAACUGGUUCGGGUGAUUCAACUUGUGCAUUAUGGGAUGUUGAAUCUGGUCAGUUGUUACAAAACUUUCAUGGCCAUGGUGGUGAUGUGAUGUCAAUUGAUUUAGCUCCAAGUGAAAUUGGUAAUACGUUUGUCAGUGGGAGCUGUGACAAAAUGGUAUUUAUAUGGGACAUGCGUACAGGGCAAGUUGUUCAAAAUUUUGAAGGUCAUCAGAGUGAUGUAAAUAGCGUCAAAUUUCACCCAAGUGGUGAUGCAGUUGCUACUGGUUCAGAUGAUAGCACAUGUCGACUUUUUGAUAUGCGAGCUGAUAAAGAGGUUGCAGUUUAUUCAAAAAAUAGUAUAAUUGGAGCAAAUUCUGUAGAUUUUUCAGUCAGUGGACGAUUAUUAUUUGCUGGAUACAAUGAUUAUACAGUGAAUGUAUGGGACACUUUGAAAUGCCAGCGAGUCUGUUUACUUUUUGGUCAUGAAAAUCGUGUUCAUGUCUCCAAGUUCCCAGAUGGUACAGCACUUUCUACUGGAAGUUGGGAUUACACUUUAAGAGUCUGGGCAUAA